UAGAGCAUUACCAUGGAGCAGAAGGAAAGAAUAAUAAACUAGUAACGAAGGAAGAAGAAAUCAAGCUGGACAUGAGACUUAAAAUUCUGAAUAAAGCUCCAAUAAAAUCUAUCAAGUAUGUGUCAGCUGAAACUUUUGCCGAGAAAGCGUGCUAUGGAGGUAAAGCUUCAAUCACAGAUGUAAAUUCAAGAGUAGACCUGGACCAGUUUAUCACUGCUCAAAUUUGGAUACAAAAUGGUCCAACUGAAGAAUUGAAUAGCAUAGAAUUUGGAUGGGCCGUAUACCCUCAGUUAUUUGGUGACAAUCUUACUCGAGUUUUUGGUUUGUGGACGGCUGAUGGAUUUAAAAAUACAGGAUACUAUAACAUGCUUUGCCCAUGAUUUGUGCAAGUCCACUCUGAGUACAUUUUUGGAGAAUAUAUUAAAGCGGAACCCUAUGGCGAGAAACCCACUUGGUUUGAUUUUUCAGUGUAUCAGGACCUAGAAAGUGGCAACUGGUGGUUUGUUAAUGGCUUUGAAAACACAGAGAUCGGAUACUGGCCGAAAGAGAUCUUUACCCAUUUAGCAAAUAAUCCAUCUACAAUUAGAUUUGGAGGGGUUGCUGGAGGAGAUCCUGGUAAGACCACUCCGCCUAUGGGACAUGGAUAUUUACCAGAUUAUAAUAAUAAAUAUACAUGCACUAUUCAAGAAAUGAAGAUCGUCAAUGAUCAGGAAAAUUUCGUGGAUUUUGAUACAUCAAAUGUGCAACUAAAGAAUGAUACAAAAACUAGUUGUUAUGAUCUUAUUUUUAUCAGGAAAGAGGUUUAUCGUGGGAUAACAAUGUUUUUUGGA